CGGAGGACUUCCAAUGGUUGCCUCUUCCCCCAUCUGGUUCCUUGCCGAAGCCGCAUUGCAACACCCUAAUGGCGGAGCUACGCAACUACUUGCACGCUGCAGUACCAGCUCCGUUGAUGGAAGACGGAGUAGCGGUUGUUGACCUUCGUGAGUACAUUGCGAAGAUUGAGCGCGAAUACGCCACGCAACGGUACGACGACACCGAUGCACCGUUACUCUAUGUCCGCAUUCAGAUUGGAAAGGCGACCUGCAGCGCCUUCAUUGAUUGUGGAGCUACUCGCAACUACAUCAGCCAGGAUUUCAUGACCCGCGCCGGCCUGGGGCCGCGCGUUCGAAGGAAAUCGCAGCCCACGCAAGUCACAUUGGCCGUCGGUCGUACACACAAGUCCAUUGACCAGUGCAUUGGCUCCAUCCCUGUGUACUUCGCCCCGCUUGCACGCGAGGCCGUGUCCUUUGACGUAUUGGACACAAGGUUCGACAUGAUUUUGGGCAUGUCAUGGCUCCGCAGCGAGGACCACCCGGUGAACUUCUACCGCCGCACUGUUCACGGCGACGUCUUUGAAGCCCCCGCCGGAAUCGUACCAAAUCGACCAAUUCGUCACGAGAUCAUCCUCGAAGACGGGGCCGUACCUCCGCGCGGAUGUAUUUACCGCAUGAGCGAGGAGGAACUUGAAGUGCUUCGAACGCAACUCGAUGACCUUAUUGAAAAGGGUUGGAUUCGCCCUAGCUGCUCGCCCUACGGUGCACCUGUUCUCUUCGUUCGGAAGAAGAACAAGGAGCUGCGCUUAUGCAUUGACUAUCGCAAGCUUAAUGCUCAAACCAUUAAGAAUGCCGGCCCGCUUCCACACAUCGACGAUCUUCGCGAACUCUCAGGCGGCGCCAAGUAUUUCUCCAAGUUGGACCUCAGAUCCGGUUACCACCAGCUCGAGAUCCAUCCAAGAGAUAGGUACAAAACCGCGUUGAAGACACGGUACGGGCACUUCGAGUGGAUCGUAAUGCCAUUCGGCCUCAUGAAUGGCCCGACCACCUUCCAAGCGGCGAUGACAACGGAGUUUCGCGACAUAUUGGACCGGUUCAUGCUCAUCUACCUCGAUGACAUGUUGGUGUAUAGCCGAACUUUGGACGAGCACAUCGUGCAUCUACGUUCUGUUUUGGACAGGCUACGUACGGCCAAGUACAAGGCCAACCGAGCCAAGUGCAAAUUCGCACAGCAAGAGCUUGAGUACUUGGGCCUCUUUGUGACGCCGCAAGGCAUCAGUUCGCUUACGGACAAGAUCAAGGCCAUUCAGGAUUGGGCGGAACCGACCAACACCACGGAGGUUCGCUCUUUUAUGGGAUUGGUCGGGUACUACCAACUCUUCAUCGGAGGAUACGCAAGGAUCGCCGCACCUUUGUCCAGAUUGCAGUCUCCACAGGUGCCCUUCCAGUUCACCGACGAAGUCCGCAGUUCGUUCCACAAAUUGAAGAUGGCGCUGCUCCUCACCCUCGUCUUGAGUAUCUACGAUCCCACCUUGCCUACGAGAGUGACUACGGACGCUUCCGGCUACGGCAUGGGUGCAGUUUUGGAACAACACGACGGAGUAGAUUGGCAUCCGGUUGAAUACUUCAGCCAAAAGGUGCCUCCCAUCAACUCGGUUGAUGACGCGCGAAAGGAGUUGCUCGCGUUCGUCACGGUACUCAAGCGUUGGCGACACUUCCUCCUCGGGCGUCGUAGGUUCACUUGGGUGACCGAUAAUAACCCAUUGACCUACUACAAGACGCAAGACACGGUGAGCAGCACGAUUGCUCGGUGGAUGUACUUCAUCGAUCAGUUCGACUUCACACCGAAACAUAUCCCGGGCCUCUCCAACCGAGCCGCGGAUGCUCUCUCGCGAAGAUCAGAUCUUUGCGCAGUGACUCACCACGCGUUCAAUUUCGACAAAGCCCUUCAUCAGCAUUUUGUGCCAGCAUACAGAUGCGCAACUGUUGACUACCAUCGCCAUAUAAAGACUGAAAGUUGCCUCGGAUACAGCUAUAAUGGCCAGGUGUUCUAUUGGGGUGACGACGGUAGUUAACAGUUAUGCCACUUCUCGACCGGUUCAAGGUCAAGAAACCUUGCAAACUUGACUACCAUCACUGUAUAUAGACUGAAAGUUGCCUCAAAUACAGCUAUAACGACCAGGCGUUCUACUCGGGCGAAGACAGUAGUAAUCAGUUGUGCCACUUCUCAACCAGUUCAGGGUCAAGAAACGUAGCAAACUUCAGAAAAAGUGUCAAGUCUCUCAAGCGAAUGGGCUAGGCGGCCCUGGUCAAAGCAGAACCCUAUGCAAUUAGCCCAAUACUCUGUCAAUUCCCCGAGCCUUCUUUACUCCCUCCUUGCCCCCUCAUUUUCUCCUCCUCCUUCAGAAAGAGUCGCCAGGACCGACAACGACAGACAGACCAAAAAAGAAAAAAAAAGAAAUACAGGCAGACAAAUGAUGUGGAUAGGGAAAAGGAGAGAAUCAAGGGUUGCGACAUAC